GUGAUAACGAUAAGAAUGAGGAUUUUUAACCGUGAUAAAGUGUGCAGUCGUGAUAAUAUUGAUUUUGCAUCAUGUUCAGCUGUGAUUAAUAAAAUGAACGAAUGGCUCCGUAAUCUUUACGAUACACGAUGUUGGUGUAAUCUCAAACUUACGGGAAAUAUUAUUGGAUGGCUCGGAGUUAUUUAUCGAAGUGUCGCGAUUAUCGCUCUAGCGAUAUACAUUGCAGAAUUGCCAAAAGAAGCACAUGUUUACACAAUUCUUUUCAGCCUGCUCCUAGCUUAUUGCUUUGUGUCUCUGAUUGCAAACUUUACACUUCUGGUGGGAAUUAACAAACAAUGCCACAGAUAUCUUGUGCUUUAUAUCGGCGUUUUGGGAGCCGAAGUUUGUAUUAUUGUAAUCCUUCUAGUUGCGGGAAUUAUACUCUUUUCAAAGAUAAACACUCCCAAUAUUCUGGCAUAUUUCAUUCCUUGCGGAGUAGUAUUUCUAGCGAUUCUGUGCUUGAAAGAUGUGGUUCUGGAAAUAGAGCCAGAGAUCGUCCAUUUGGGCGAGGACUCGACGUUGAGAUGCAGCUACGACCUGGAAGAUGCACCACUUUACUGCGUCAAGUGGUACAGAGGCCGGCACGAGUUCUACAGAUACACACCCAAAGAGCACCCCAGCACGAAAAUAUUCCCUUUUACGGGGAUACACGUCGACCUAAAGCAAUCGGAUGAGAAGCAGGUGGUCCUGAGGGAGGUGGGGUUCAGCCUCUCUGGAAAGUUUACAUGCGAAGUGACCACAGAUGCGCCCCUCUUCUCCACAGCGGCUGUCUCCAAAGACAUGCUAGUUGUUGUUUUACCCAAUCAAGAGCCUACGCUUGUCACCGAAAAAACAUCCUAUGAUAACGGGGAUGUGUUGCGAGCUAAUUGCACAUCGCCACCCUCGCGACCUGCAGCCACACUCACUUUCAUGCUCAACAAUAAAGUGGUGUGCGAAAAGUGUGCAACUCGCAAACAUGCCACGCAAGAGUUGUGGUGGAGCGAACUGUCGCUCGAACUUCCUCUUUUUCCGUCUCAUUUCAACAGCGAUAGGAUUACGCUCAAGUGCAUCGCAAGAAUCGGGAAGAUUUACGAAAGGGACGUCCAGGUCACAAUGCCCAACACGAGCAUGAAAGACCCGAUACCAGCACGAGUCACACAGAGUUCAGCUGGGAGCCACUACAUCAAAACCUUCAACGUAAUAAAUAUCUUAUACCUAUUAUUGUUUAUUUCCGUGUCUUAAGACUGUUCUGUUGAGGUGUCUUUAGUUGUAAUAACUGUAAGGAAUUUACUAUAAUUGUGAUGAAAUUUGCUGCAACUAGUCGUUUAGAGGGUCGUAUCUAAAUUUUGUAUGAUUUCGACGAGGAUAUACCAUUGUAAGCGACGUUUUUGAAAUGGAUGGAUGUUGAAAAGUAAAUAAAUAUAUUAUCUAUUUCC